UCAAUAAGUGAUUCAAGAUCUUCACCAUCUCGGAGCUAUCUGACUUUAGGACUUUAGGACUUCAGGACUUCAAGGAACUCCGAAGUCUUCCUCCGGUAGCAUAUCUCCGUUUACUCGCGUGCCAGCUUCUCCAAGUCCCUACUGUACCAAGUGGCCGGUCCUAUGUACCUCUGAAUACUGUCUACGGACACUCAAUCACUCACUCCCCUGGUCAAGUCACAAUUAUGGUCAUCUUCAUCUCAUCUCAUCUCAUCUCAUCUCCUCUCCUCUCAUUCCAUGAUCCCGCCCUACCUACCUACCCUUCUGCCAACUACAGGACGGACAGGCAGACGGACAGACAAGACGGAGUCCAGUAUCAGAGAGAAAACAUUCGAUUCGUCUUAUCUCAUCCGUCCAAUGAGCAGCUCCUACGCUCCCGCAUCUGCUGCCGUGCCAGCAAGGGUUCCAGGACCCAUGUUUCCAAGUGCCAGCGCAUCAAAUGCCCUUUGUGCGUAGCCUGGGUACUGCUGGGUACGGAGUAUGUAUUAUUAUGUAUGGGCUCCUGGCUACGAGGCCUCCGACUCCCAUCUUUCUCCCCAAUCCCAAUAUUCCAGAUCCCUCUCCCUUUCGCAUCUUCCUCCUCCUCCUCCCCUCUUCUCUCCCAAACUGCGCUUCAGGGGCGAGCAUGUCUGGGCCCAAUGCUAUAUGUGCAAUCCUCGACACGGACUGCCGUCGUGUCGCAGUGGCCGUUCCCCCCCCGGGCGUCGAGGAGCAGCAGCCUGGCCCCCCGAGGAUCAUUGCAUCGCUCACAACCUGAGCGCUGGUCAACACCCAAGCGGAGCCUGGCAGGCGAAUUAGGAAUUUUCUGCAUUUUCUGGUCGGGCACAUGGGCACAGAGGAAUGGCCGUUAACCUGACCUAGAGGGGAGAAUAGGUAUGCUAAUUACAAAGCCCAACCCAGCAACACCCAACGAUGCCUGGGAGAGAAACACUGCCCCUCCAAACAAUUGGUUCACGCUCAAGAAAACAAAAAGAAAGCAGUAGGGAAAAUCCAAAAAAAUGCCAGACUAGGAGAAGGCAGGAAUCUAGGAGCUUCCAUCCAAGUUACCACAUGUUAUAUGAACGUAAGUCAUGAAGGUCAUCGUCUUAUCGUUGCAGAUAUGGCGCAUUAAAAGGGGGCUAUAGGUAAGGAAAUGCCUUGUCGGAACAAAUUUGAUCAGGGCGGCGCGGGGCCCGGAAGGGGUUGAAAAAAAUCAGAAUGGGAGCUGUGAGCUG